AUGGCUGCUUGUCAUCUCCGUUCAAACAGUUUGCCAUCCACAUCUCAUCCUCUCACUGUUAGUAUUGAGAAGCAGAUAUACAAGUUGAAGGCAUCACAUUCUCCAUCAAUAGCCCACAAAUUGAGUGGUAUAAAGAAUUUGUUCGAGUGUGUUGAUGAUUUGCUUCAACUGCCACAUGCCCAACAGACUCUCUCCCAUGAGAUGCAAAGGCAGUGUGUAGAAAAUGCAUUGAAUGGAUCUCUGGAGUUAUUGGAAUUAUGUGAUUCCACAAGAGACUUUGUCUCACAGAUGAAGGAAUGUGUUCAAGAGCUUGAAUUAUCUCUCCGUAGAAGAAAAGGAAGAGACUCUGGCUUGACAGGCGAAGUUGAUGCAUACAUGGUAUCUAGAAAAAGGUUGAACAAAGCAAUUUGCAAAUAUCUAAAAGAUUUGAAGAAAAGGAGAGGAAUUGCACAACAACAGUUUUGGAUACCAAUGGCAAAAUCAAAGCCAUCAGGCUGGUCUGUCAUCUCAAAAUUAUUGCAAACCAAGCGUGUCCCAUGUAAAGUGGAAAUCGAAGUCAAUGAAGUAGAGAAGAUUGAUGGUGAAUUGCUUAUCCUGAAGUCAAGCAAAGACAUCAGUCUUUCACAACUUGAGAAUCUUCUCAAAGAAUUGGAAGCAUUUGAGUCAAGCAAUAAAGAGGCAGAAGAGGAACUGGAAUGCAUCUAUAGGCGAUUAGUGAAAACCAGAGUAUCCCUUCUCAACAUUCUGAAUUAA